AUGUAUAAAAAUAAACACAAGAAAACAUCACCAAACACUUAUCACAUUAUUAAAGAAUCCAAUUCUCAUAAAAAUGAAAAUGAGGGAAUGUGGAAAGACCAGACAAACAAGAGCGUGAUGUUUUCAACCAAUACAAAAUCUAGUGGAAGAAGGUUUAAACUCAUCAUCGUCGUUAAUAAGCAUGAAAAGAGUCCCCAGCAUCAUCUUCUACCUUUACAGCAUUCAAAACGAUCUUACGGGGAACGAGAACUGUCAGCAUGA